AUGAACACUUUGGAUGUCUUGUUUCCAGGCGUUGUUUGGUAUCUUUACCUCUUUAACUUCUUUUGCAGCCUACCACUAGCCACCUGCGAUGAAACUGAAGAUGAUAGACAAGCUCUUCUUUGCUUUAAGUCCCAGCUCACAGCUCCAGCAGGAAUUUUAGCUUCAUGGAGCAACACGUCCUUGGACGUCUGCAGCUGGCAUGGCAUCACCUGCAGCACGCUGUCUCCUCGCCGUGUGAUUGCACUGGACCUGGAUUCAGAAGGCAUCUCAGGCUCCAUACCGGUUUGCAUCGCCAACCUGACCUCUCUCACAAGGCUGCAGCUCUCAAAUAAUAGCUUCCAUGGUGAAAUACCUUCUGAGCUUGGCGUCCUGAGCCGGCUCAGCAAAUUCAACCUCAGCAUGAAUGCUUUGGAAGGUAACAUCCCAUCUGAACUCUACGCAAUGUCCCAGCUUCAAAUUCUGGAUUUGAGGAGCAAUUCCCUCCACGGUAGGAUCCCCCCUAACCUAGGUCAAUGCGAGCAUCUUCAAGAGAUUAAUCUUAGCAACAACAAUAUAGAAGGGGUCAUCCCUUCUUCAUUUGGAACCCUUCCUGAGCUGCGCAAGCUCGUUCUAACUAACAACAGGCUUACCGGCAACAUACCGCCGUCUUUGGGCAGCAGCCGUUUUCUCAAAUAUCUUGAUCUUGGGGUGAAUGCUCUAAUAGGCGUAAUCCCGGAGUCCCUAGCAAACAGUUCAUCUCUCCAAGUACUUAGGCUCAUGAGCAAUAAUCUUACUGGAGAACUACCAAAGGCUCUCUUCAACACAUCGUCUCUUCUUGAUAUUUCCCUCCAACAGAACAACCUUGUUGGUUCCAUGCCUUCUGUUACUGCCACCUCUCCGCCUAUUCAAUAUCUUGAUUUAACGAAUAACCAUAUUUCAGGAAAAAUACCUUCCUCGAUAGGAAACCUUUCCUCCCUCAUUGAUCUUCGUCUUACGGAGAAUAAUUUAUCUGGGAGCAUACCAGACAGCUUAUGUCAAAUUCCGGCACUACAGAUACUGGCCAUGAGCGUGAACAGCUUAUCUGGGCCAGUUCCACCAUCUCUCUUCAACAUGUCAUCCCUGACAUUUCUUGCCAUAGGGAACAACUCUCUUGUUGGAAGCUUACCGUCCAACAUUGGUUACACACUCCCAAAUAUUCAGGCACUAAUCCUCUCAACAAACAAGUUUGAUGGCCCAAUCCCAGCUUCUCUUGCUAAAGCAUACAACCUUGGUAUGCUCUACCUGUAUAACAACAGCCUAACUGGGUCCAUACCCUUCUUUGGGUCAUUGCCAUACUUAGAGCAACUUGAUUUGUCAUACAACAAGUUAGAUGCAGGAAACUGGGGAUUUGUUUCUUCACUCACAAAUUGUUCUAUGUUGACUAAACUGAUGCUGGCUGGGAAUAAUCUCCAAGGGAAUUUACCAAGUUCUAUCGGGAAACUUUCCGGUAGUCUCGAAUGGUUAUGGCUAAGGGAAAACAAAAUUUCUGGGCCUAUACCACAAGAAAUUGGCAAUCUUACAAGCCUCAGCAGUGUAUACAUGGAUUACAAUCUUAUCACUGGUGAUAUACCAUCAACAAUUGGGAAUUUGCACAACUUGGUCUUUCUAUCCUUCGCACACAACAGACUGUCAGGGCAAAUCCCAGAAACUAUUGGAAAUCUAGUUCAGCUAAGUUCUCUGAAAUUGGAUGGGAACAACAUUACUGGUAGUAUACCUGCAAGUAUAGGACGUUGUAAUCAACUCUUAAUACUGAACCUUGCUCACAACUCACUAGAUGGCAGUAUACCAAGUAAAAUCUUCCAGAUUUCUUCUCUUUCUCAAGAGUUGGACUUGUCACACAAUUACUUGUCUGGAGGAGUGCCAGUGGAAGUAGGCGGUCUCAUUAAUCUGAACAAACUUAGCAUAUCUAAUAACAGGUUGUCUGGCAACAUCCCAUCCACUCUUGGCCACUGUGCAGUUCUGGAGUAUCUUGAGAUGCAAAGCAACUUCAUUGUCGGAAGCAUCCCAGAAGCUUUUGCCAACUUAGUCAGCAUAAAAAAGAUUGAUAUUUCUCACAACAAUUUGUCCGGAAAAAUUCCAGAGUUCUUCACAUCCUUGAGUACCCUGCAAGAUUUCAAUUUGUCUUUCAACAAUUUUGAUGGAGAAGUUCCGAGAGGUGGUGUUUUUGACAAUGCUGGUGCGGUAUCAAUUGAAGGGAAUGAUUAUUUGUGCACUACUAGCAUUACCACAGAUGGUAUACCAUUUUGUUCCACACGAGUUGGCAGGAAAGAGAAACACAAUUCAUUGGCUCUGGUCCUAGGGAUAGCCAUCUCAACCUUUGUUCUUGGUAUAUUAAUUUUGUUAUGUGUUGCAAUAAUUUGUUGGAGCAAGAGAAUGCGGGAAAAAACACAUUUGCAAGAAUCCAAUGAGCACAUGAAGAAGCUUUCAUAUGAAGACAUUGUGAGGGCAACGGACAGGUUCUCUCCAGCAAACCUAAUUGGAUCAGGAUCAUUUGGAGUGGUUUAUAAAGGAAGUUUGAACCGUCCAGAUGAUCAAGUUGCCAUCAAGAUUUUUAACCUUAACAUUUACGGAGCAGGUAGGAGCUUUAUUGCAGAGUGUGAAGCCCUACGAAAUGCCCGUCAUCGAAAUCUUGUAAAGAUCAUCACUUCAUGCUCUUCUGUGGAUUCUACUGGGAAAGAUUUCAAGGCCCUCGUGUUCCAAUACAUGCCGAAUGGGAACCUAGAAAUGUGGCUACACCCAAAAAAAGCACUUGAACAUGGUGACAGACAUAUUUUGACUUUCAGCCAAAGGAUCAAAAUUUGUUUGGAUGUAGCAUUUGCUUUGGAUUAUCUCCAUAACCAGUGUGCAGCUCCACUAAUACACUGCGACUUGAAGCCAAGCAAUAUUCUUUUGGAUCUUGACAUGACCGCCUAUGUCACCGACUUUGGCCUAGCAAGAUUUAUGUUCACUACACGGAGCGCACAUCAAGACCGUUCAGAAAGUUUGGCCUGCCUUAAAGGAUCCAUCGGGUACAUCCCACCAGAGUAUGGCAUGAGUGAUGGGAUAUCAACCAAGGGUGACGUCUACAGUUUCGGAGUGCUUCUGCUACAGAUGAUGACAGGGUGCAGUCCAACAGAUGAGAAAUUCAGCGAUGGUGGGACUCUUCGUGAGUUCGUCGAAAGAGCGUUUCCAGAUAAUAUUAACGCGGUUGCCGAUCCAGCGAUGCUGCAAGAUGACAGCAAUGCGGCCGAAGUGAUGACGAAGUGCGUCAUUCCGCUGGUUAGAGUAGGCCUAUCUUGCUCCAAAACAUCCCCCAGGGAGCGGCCGGACAUGGGACGAGUUUCGACUGAGAUCCUCGGAAUCAUGCAUGUGGCCUCACACAUGGGUGUGAUGUGA